AUGAGCGCUCAAUAUCAAUCACCGCGCAUUAUUGAACAUCCCACAGAUUUGGUAGUGAAAAAGAAUGAACCUGCGACACUUAAUUGCAAAGUUGAGGGCAAACCAGAGCCAACAAUUGAAUGGUUUAAGGAUGGCGAACCCGUCAACACCAACGAUAAGAAAUCACAUCGUGUCCUCUUCAAAGAUGGAGCUCUCUUCUUCUAUCGUACUGUGCAAGGCAAAAAGGAGCAGGAUAGUGGCGUGUAUUGGUGUGUGGCCAAGAAUCAUGUUGGCAAAGCAACGAGUCGUCAUGCCACUCUGCAAAUAGCGGUUUUGCGUGAUGACUUUCGCGCACAACCCAGAGAUACACGUGUGGCCAAAGGAGAGACGGCUUUGUUGGAAUGUGGGCCACCAAAAGGUAUACCCGAGCCCACAUUAAUAUGGAUGAAGGAUGGUGUUCCUUUGGAUGAUUUAAAGACGAAAUCUUAUGGAACCACAUCACGUAUACGCAUUGUUGAUGGUGGUAAUUUAAUGAUAAGCAACGUCGAGGCAAUUGAUGAGGGCAACUAUAAGUGUAUCGCCCAAAAUCUUGUUGGCACCCGAGAGUCCAGUUAUGCUAAACUAAUUGUACAAGUCAAACCCUACUUCAUGAAAGAACCACAGGACUUAACAAUGUUGGCUGGUGAAACGGCCACAUUUCAUUGCUCUGUGGGUGGUGAUCCACCACCAAAGAUUCUAUGGAAAAAGGAAGAGGGCAAUAUUCCAGUGUCUCGGGCUCGCAUUCAACAUGAUGACAAAAGUUUAGAAAUUUCCAAUAUCAUACCUGAGGAUGAGGGCACGUACGUGUGUGAGGCCCACAACAAUGUGGGACAGAUUAGUGCCCGGGCCUCAUUGACGGUGCAUGCUCCGCCCACGUUCAUUGUCAAGCCACAGGAUAAAAAAGUCGGCUUGAAUGGUGUGGCCUUGUUCCCUUGUGUGGCCGAUGGCAAUCCACCACCCUCGGUCUUUUGGACAAAGGAAGGUUCCAGCACUCUGAUGUUCCCCAACAACUCAUAUGGACACUUGCAUGUUUCUCUCGAGGGUACUUUGCAAAUCAAUGGCGUGCAAAAGGACGAUGCUGGCUAUUAUGUGUGCUCGGCUUUUAGUGUGGUGGACUCCACAACAAUAAGGGCAUUUUUACAGGUUACCUCUGUAGAUGAUACCCCGCCACCCAUCAUACAAAUUGGUCCUUCAAAUCAGACCCUACCCAAAGGAAGUGUUGCCAUGUUACCCUGUCGUGCUUCGGGCCAUCCAACACCCCGUGUCAAGUGGUAUCGUGAUGGCACCACCUUGCAAAGCGGCAAUCGUUAUACCAUUGCUCAGGGUGGAUCUCUGCGUAUCGAAGAUCUACAACUGAGUGAUUCUGGUCUCUAUACCUGCACGGCAUCGUCAGAAAGUGGUGAAACCUCAUGGUCGGCAACAUUAACGGUGGAAAAGAGCAGUUCAUCAAUAUUGCAUCGUUCGGCAGAUCCCAGCACCUAUCCAGCACCUCCUGGCACCCCUAGAGCGGUGAAUGUUACACAGAAUUCCAUAUCAUUAAAAUGGUCCAAAAGUCAAGAGAAGCCACAGGCAACCAGUCAAAUUAUUGGCUACACUGUGGAGUAUUUUAGCUCGGAUUUACAAACAGGUUGGGUUGUAGCAGCCCAUCGAGUUCCCGAUCAACAAAUAACGAUUUCGGGCUUAAAACCAGCAACGGCUUAUGUGUUUUUGGUACGUGCGGAAAAUUCCCAUGGAUUAUCAGUGCCAUCGGGUUUAUCGAAUGUGAUAAAAACUCUGGGCACCGAAUCAGGCACUGUGCCGCCAAGUGAGAUAUCUGAAGCUCGUGUGGUAUUAAGUGGCAAGGUUGUUGAAUUAAUUGAUGCUGCGGCCAUUAACUCUACCGCCGUAAGGUUGGAUUGGGUUAUGCAUGUGAGCGUAACCGAGAAAUAUGUUGAGGGUCUAUAUAUACGUUAUCGUGAUGUUAGCGCCAAUUCACAGCAAUACAAUAUCAUGACUGUAUUAAAUCCAUCGAUUGAAUCUCAUGUGGUGGGUAAUUUAAAGGAGUACACCAAGUAUGAAUUCUUUCUGGCGCCAUUCUUUCAGACACUAGAAGGCCAGCCGAGUAAUUCGAAGAAUGUUCAAACCUAUGAAGAUGUACCCUCGGCACCACCUGACAACAUACAAAUUGGCAUGUACAAUCUAACAGCAGGCUGGGUAAGAUGGUCAUCCCCACCGCCCCAGCAUCACAAUGGCAACUUGUUGGGCUACAAAAUUGAGGUGACUGCUGGCAAUACCAUGAAAGUUUUGGCCAAUAUGACUCUAAAUGCAACAACCACCUCGGUGUUGCUGAACAACUUGACAACGGGUGCCACAUACAAUGUACGCUUGAAUUCGUUUACAAAAGCAGGCGAAGGACCCUAUUCUCAACCGGUCUCGUUGUUCAUGGAUCCUGCACACUUGGUGCAUCCACCACGUGCUCAUCCAAGCGGAUCGCACAGCAGCAUCACUGGUCACACUGGCAGCAAUGGCGAGGGUGGCCACUUUGCCUAUCAUCCCAAUGGGGUGCCCGGCAUGCCCGAUGAUGCAGCCACGACAACCACUCAACGUAAAUCAACAACCGUGGUGCAUGAAACAUGGUUUAUGGCUCUUGUGAUAACAAUGCUAUUGGCCAUAUUGGUAUCCGCAGCAGCUGCAAUGUUGUUCUUCAAACGAAGGCAUCAGUUAACAAAAGAACUGGGACAUUUGAGUGUAGUCAGUGCCAAUGAGAUAACCGCCUUGAAUAUUAAUGGCAAGGAUAGUCUAUGGAUUGACCGUGGCUGGCGCACCACCGAUACCGACAAAGAUUCUGGAUUGAGUGAAACCAAACUGCUUUCGAAUACCAAUAGCCAAUCGAAUUACAAUACAUCAGAUGGUGGCACAGAUUAUGCUGAAGUGGAUACUCGCAAUAUGAGCACAUUCUACAAUUGUCGCAAGAGUCCCGAAAAUCCCACACCCUAUGCCACAACUAUGAUUAUUGGAGCCUCCUCAACAGAGACCACAUGCAUGAAGACCUCUGGUUCCAGCACAGAUCAAGAUUCGGGCACUCAUUCACCCAACUCCGAAGGCAUUGCUCAGCAUUGUGUAGGCCCCAAUGGACCAAGCGGAAAGCACAAUUAUCAUCAGUAUCCUCCAGAGCAAAUUAAUUGGUCAGACUUUUUGCCGCCACCACCGGAACAUCCCCCACCAGUACCAUCGUCAUGCGGUUAUGCCCCUGGAUCACCACAGUCAUCAAGGAAAAGUUCCAAAAGUGGAGGAUCGGGCAUUUCAACACAUCAGAGUGCUUUAAAUUCAUCCAUACACAGCAGCUCUUCCGGCGGAUUUUCCACCUGGGGCAUGGCACCUCAGUGCGCUGCUUCCGGGGCACGGCCACCACAGGAGAAUUACUACAAUAAUCCCUUGCCAUGUGUGGGUAGCACACAAAAUCGUUAUCAAAUAACACCAACGGGUCAGCAUCCUCCGCCAUUGCCUCCAUAUUUUCCACCUGGAGGUGGUGGGACGGCACAGCUACCACCCCGAAAUAUACAUAUCCAUUAUCCAGCACCCAGACAUGCAAUGAGUGAAUAUCAGCCAACGGGUACACAUAAUUCAAGAUGUUCCAAUGGCAGGGGCUGCAAUAGUUGUGAUGCCUUGGCCUCACCGCUACAACCCCUACCCCCGCCAGGUGAUGGCUGGUAUCAACCGUUGCAUGCGUCUCAUAUGCCACCACCACCCAAUUCAUCAUCUCAUCAAAUCUAUCAAUGUUCCUCCGAAUGUUCGGAUCAUUCAAGGACCUCCCAUACAAAUAUUCCCCAUACACAUCAUCAUUCCCACAAUGGUCAUGGUCAUGGCCACAGCAGCGGUAAUCAUGGCCAUGGUCAUGGACAAACGACGCCUGGUGGCAAUGAUACCAUGCGUUCAGAGAGUAGUACCGAAAAUGGUGGCGGCGGUGGCGGUGGCAAAUCCAACUCUCAUCGAUGUCAUACCAAACAACGAUUCCCUGAAAUUGCUGAAAAUGACCAUCAAUUGCCUGCCAGCUCAGCGGGUUCGUGUACUUAUGAGGUCCUAGGGGAGCCCAUGCGCAAUUGCAGUGAAUGUUGCAGUAGCUCGCGUGAAGGUGACACCUGUUCAUGCAGCGAAGGUUCCUGUCUAUAUGCCGAAGCCGGUGAACCAGGCAUGCCUCCGCAUAUGUCAUCGUCGGGUGGCGGAGGACCCCCAACUAUGGUUGGCAAACUUUUGACACAAAACAAUUGAUAUGCCGCCUGUAUGACGGCGGCUGCCACCUCUGUUGCAUCCGUUGAUAGCGGCGGAGGAGGUGUUGUGACAGAUGUCGUCAUUUAUUUUUAAGAAACCAGAAAUAGAAAGCAGCAAAGGAAGAACUGUAAGUGUAAAUUAUAUGAAAAACAAAAUUCGUAGCCAUCGAAAUUAUUUUAGAGAUAUAAGAAGUCUUCAAGAAAACAAAACCAAAAGAUCUGCAAGCAUUUAAGAGAAAUUUAAAUUUUAUUUAUAAACCGAACUACAAAAUGUAUUUUGACAACAUUCAACAACAUUUCCAAAGAAACUCGAGAACAUUUUUAAAGUAGGACUUAAAGAAAGGGCAAAGAGAAACUCUUUUUUUAGAAAAACGGAGAACAGCUUCAGUUUUCAUACAUUUUUGAAUGAGUUUAGAAUGUUGAAAUGAUCACUCGUUUAAAAUAACCUUCUUCUUUUAGUACUGGAAGGCUAUAAGGAAUUAUAUUUAACACAAAAGCAGCAGAAUUUCUGCAUAAACUUUUUCCAGCAAACUUUGAAUCGUAGUGUUGCCUAUUUUUAGGGGUUGAUUAUUCAUUUAAAUGACCCUUCUCUGUAGGGUUGAUAGAUGAUGGGGAAAAUAUUGUCAAUACGGCGGCUGUUGACAAUUUCCAAUACUGUUGCCUAUUUUUAGGUGUUCCAAUGUAAAUUUGCCCAUGAACUUUCGUUUAAGAAACAUCGGGAAUACUUCUCUCAUAUCAUCGAGUGAAAAAAUGAGAUGGGAAAAAAUGUUAAACCUUCAAUGCGUCAACAUUUUGAGAAAGAAUUCGCUGGACCUCAAUGUUCCAGCCUGCGUGGUGCUCACAGCUAACUGUGCCGUACAUCUCCGAUAACUUCUACACUUGUUCAAGGAAUUCUAGUGACUCGUACUGCUCAAUAUCAAAAUAUGCGUUCCAAUUUUCAAAUUGGUUUCGACGACGUGAAUUUUCACAGUAAAAGGUU